AUGUCUACUGCUUCGUACCCCCCUGGUGGCACUAUUGUGCAGACCCUGAAGCGUACCUACGCUGAUGUCCCUGUCGAUGAGGCCAACGGCAAUGCUGUCUCUACCACCGAGUUCCUCGAGGCUUCCGAGGCUAUGACCACCAUCUUUGAUGCCAUCGGUGGUGUUGCCUUCGGCCCCGUCAAGAAGGAUAUCCUUUUCAACAUCGAGAAACUCCGUGCCCGUCAGGCCGCUGCUCCCGCAGAGUCUGGCAACAUCCAGGACCUCUGCCGAAACGAGCUCAAGACCAAGAAGCACGAGGCUACUGAGGGUGCUCUGUGGCUCAUCCGUGGUCUCGAUUUCACCUGCCAGGCCCUCGCUCGCAACGUCGCCAACCCCUCGGAGGAGCUGGCUGACUCUUUCCGCGCCUCAUAUGCCGACACCCUGAAGCCUCACCACAACUGGCUUGUCAAGCCCGUCUUCAGCGCUGCCAUGAGUGCCGUCCCCUACCGCAAGGACUUCUACGCCAAGCUUGGCGAGACUCCUGAGCUCGUCCAGAAGGAGCUCGAUGCCUACCUUGCUGCCUUCACCAGGGUUGUCACCAUCCUCAAGGAGUUCAUCAACAGCAAGGAGGCCAAGUGGUAA